CAAUCCUCUGAGGCGGGCAAACUGGCUUAGCGCACUCAGUCAGGUCGCGACAGCUCAGCGUAUAAGCCGCAUAUCCGGUUAAGUGGCCCUACCCCAUCGGUGGGAUUUUCCGGAGGGCAAAUUGCUGUUGCACAACUAUAAUGGGAAAAAACCUCAAAAUGAUGAAUAUGGGCCUAAAUAAGCCUGGAAAAUCAAUAUUGAGACUAAAUUUGGUUUUAACUUGAAACUAGAAAAAGUGUGGUUUACUGAACAAAAUCAAAUUUUUUGAUUUCCAACUUUUUUUUUCUGAUUCAAAAUUAAUCCCGAAUGUUUGUUUCAUCAUUUCACGUCAUUUUAAUGAAGACAGUAAGUAGUUUGGUAAAGAAUCACAGCUCAAAUAUAAAAUUCCUUAACGCUAGAGGACAUCUCUUAAAACCCCCUUUUAAAACCUAUGAAAACCUUUGGAAUUCUAAAAAACUUCUUAAAAUGCAGUUAUCUAUUCAAAUAAUUCGUAGAAGCAUUAUUAUUCACUUUUACACAGUUACACAAAAAUUAUCGGUUGUAAGUCUGUAUCAUAAAUCACAGUGAAGCCUGUUAAACAACACCGGCCGUCAGUUAUUAAAAACCUGAUCAAUUUUGUCCGAAACAUCCAUAAUAGUGCUAACAGUCGAACUAGUUGAGCCAUCAUAUAAUCAUGGAUCGUUGGGUUGGUAAGAUUGCUGUUGUAACCGGGGCAAGCUCCGGCAUCGGAGCGGCCACUGCCAAAGAACUGGCCAAGGCAGGAAUGAUUGUUGUCGGAAUGGCCAGAAGGGUUCAGCUCAUCGAGGCUUUGAAGGCAGAUCUUCCGGCUGAAGCUGCAGCAAGAUUGCAUGCGAUUCGAUGUGAUGUAACCAAGGAAUCCGACAUACUGGCAGCUUUCGAAAUUAUUAGCACCAAAUUUGGCGGUAUUGACGUUAUGGUAAACAAUGCGGGAGUCUCUGAACUUCCUAUAAAUUUGGGGGAAGGGAAUAGCGAAUCCUUGGCACGAAUUUAUAAAACGAACGUUUUCGGAUUGCUGGUGGGAAGUCGCGAAGCAUACCAGUCAAUGAAGGCGCGAGGAGUUGAUGGUCAUAUCAUUCACAUGGGAAGCCUUUUGGGCCGUCGGGUUCCAGAUAUUCCGGAAUCAUCCCUUUACAGUCCCACUAAAUUUGCGGUGCGCGCCAUCACCGAAGCAAUGCAAUUAGAACUUCGUAAGGAAAAUUCUAAAAUCAGAGUGACGUGUGUAAGUCCGAGUGCGGUGCUAACGGCAAUAACACAAGAAUUCGCGGGAUUUGAACCGAUACUGGAGCCGAUUGAUAUAGCCCAGGCUGUCAUACAUGCCUUGAAGUGUCCACCCAAUGUUCGAGUGCAGGAGGUCGUGGUAAGAGCUACACAAGAUGUUCUUAAUUCUUAA